AAGCCAUGCUAAACCAGAGGCAACAGUAUGGACAGGCAAAAUGGUUAAAAUCCCACCACAGAAUACCCAUCAUCACCACACAAAAACCUUGGCAACAGCAACAACAACCCAGAAAAAACCAUUAAAGCAAACAAUCUCUUGCUCACCUCUCUCUCUCCAUUACCAGCAAGAAUACCCAAGACACAGAACAUGGCAUGUGCAUCACAGGCAAUGAUAUCAGCCAACAGUUGUGCGUUCACUUCACCAAAAUUGUUUAAGAAAUGCUACGAACUCAACAACAAGACAAGCUUCUUCACUGUUAGAGCUUCCUCUGAUGAUUCUGAUGACUGUAAUGAAGAAGAAUGUGCUCCUGAUAAGGAGGUUGGGAAGGUGAGUGUGGAAUGGUUGGCAGGGGACAAGACCAAAGUGGUUGGGACAUAUCCACCUCGCAGAAGGGGUUGGACUGGCUAUGUUGAGAAGGACACUGCUGGGCAGACCAAUAUCUAUUCAGUUGAGCCUGCAGUUUAUAUAGCAGAAAGUGCAAUAAGCUCAGGAGUUGCAGGUUCUUCUGCCGAUGGAGCCAAGAGUACAUUAGCCAUCAAUGCAGGAAUUGCCCUUGUCUUUGUUGCUGCAGCUUCAGCUGUAGUCCUCCAAGUUGGCAGGAAUUCACCUCAGGUUAAGACGGCUGAAUAUACAGGGCCGGCACUUAGUUACUACAUAAACAAGUUUAAGCCACCGGAAAUUAUCCAGGCUACGGCUCCAAGUCUGACUGAAUCUCCCUCAUCCGUGCUACCGGAAAGCUCUGCUCCUGAAGUUUCACAGGUUGAGGUUCAAUCCGCACUUCCACCAGAAUCUUCUAGUCCGAGCACUAAUUCAUAGGCAAAUUUUGGACAAAUUUCUUGUAAUUUUUAAAAUUUAUUUGUCUAUAUACAGCUCCUGUAUGCUACUACUGUGAUAGUUGAAAUACAGUUGAGCAUAACUUCGAGGAUAUACAUGGAAUAGCCACAAUAUUUCUAAGGGUAUAUGGUAUUGUUUUCUAAUGCAUUAGCCAUCUGUGAUGGUUUUCUGACUUUGAUAAA